AUGGUGAACCGCGUUACUCUCACGCCUGUCAAUGUUGCUCUGCAUGUGCACCGGCAGAUUCUCGCGCUCCAGUCCCGAGAGACUUAUUUCAAAAGAGUGCCGAACUUGGACAGCUUCGCCGAAGUAAGUGUUUAUACGUUCCGGCGAGGCUUGGGCCAGAUAACCUCUGCGUUGGAACAAGAGCUUAGCAAGAACAAGAACAUCACCAUCUUGCGCUCGGCCGAAGUCAAGGAUGUCGUGUUCAACGACAGCAAGAAUCAAGUGUCGGUCACGCAAACGCCAGCUGGAACCACCUCAAACUAUGAUUAUGUGGUUUCAACUCUGGGUCCUCGAACACUGAAACAGUUUCUCACCAGCAGCGCUCAAACGUCGGGCUCAACGCUGGAUCCCAAGGUCACAAAAGCCUGUGAACACAGCGACUGCUCCGUCAAUGUCAUGGUUAUCAAUCUCUACUACAACAAUCCAGACUUGCUGUCCCCCUCACUGAGAGGGUUUGGCUAUCUUAUUCCGCGCUCUGUGCCACUCGAACAGAAUCCUGAACGAGCACUGGGCGUCCUAUUCAGCUCCGAAACAUCGGGUCGGUCUGAUGCAGUUGCCUCUCCUUCUGACGGCUCUUACUUUGAGUCUAUUGACAGCGACCCGGGUAGCCCACUGGAUCCGGAUCCACCACAUGGUGAAUCAGGCCCUGUCUUGCAGGACACCGCACCAGGCACGAAGCUGACGGUCAUGAUGGGUGGGCAUUGGUGGAGUGAAUGGGCACCAAGCGACCUUCCUACUGAAGAACAAGCAAUCGAAAUGGCGCAGACUCUAUUGAGAAGACACCUCAACAUCAUGGAAUCUCCGGCCGUGGCCAAAGCGCGGCUCAAUCGCAACUGUAUACCACAGUAUCCUGUUGGCUAUGCUCAGGACAUGGCCACCAUUCAUGAAGCAAUAACGUCCACCUUCCACGGACGGCUAAAAGUCGCAGGUCCCUGGUGGCGAGGCGCUCCGGGAAUGAGUGACUGCGUCCUUUCUGCUCGCGAAUCAGCUUGGGCGAUUCGCGAUAAAGAGGACGAAUACACAGGGGUGCAGGGGUACACGCACGAGGCAUGGGCCAGGACUCAUGUCCCCACCAAAACAACCUCUACUGAGCGCAUGGAGUGA